AUGCCGGACCAGAUCCUCGAUGACAUCUCCCACCGGAGGUACAACCCACUAACAGACAGCUGGCUGCUUGUCUCUCCUCACCGAACGAAGCGUCCCUGGCAAGGCCAGCAAGAAGGCGCCGCAGCUACCACUCUGCCCGAUUAUGACCCCAAGUGCUAUCUCUGCCCUGGAAAUGCUCGCGCUGCUGGCGACAGCAACCCAAAGUAUGAAAAGACGUUUGCCUUUGUAAAUGACUACAGCGCUGUCAAGGAGCAGCAGCCCGACUACGAGGCCAGCCAGUCCGCAGAUGACUUGGAGUCACUGUUGCUGCGAGCUCAAAGCGUCAAGGGCGUGUGCUAUGUCAUGACUUUCUCACCAACGCACAAUGUCACUCUCGCCGACAUGUCCCCAGCCGAUAUCCUCCCAGUCGUUGACCACUGGACCCGGCUUUAUGCCAACCACCUAUCCCCAUCAAACCCUCUCUCAGCAGUUGCCGCACAGCUCCAGCUCUCUAUCCCAAAGGACGGGGCCCCCAUCCCCAAGGACAACUACCGCUACAUGCAAAUCUUUGAGAACAAGGGCGCGGCCAUGGGCUGCUCCAACCCGCAUCCCCACUGCCAGGCCUGGACAACAUCAACCAUGCCCGAAGAGCCAGGCAAGGAGCUCACGCAAAUGACCAAAUACCGCCAGCAGCACGGAAGGCAUCUGCUGGCAGACUACAUCAAGCUGGAGCUGGCAAAGGAGGAGCGCCUCGUAUGGCAGAAUGCCUCUUUCGCUAUUGUUUGCCCCUGGUGGGCCGUCUGGCCAUUCGAGGUCAUUAUUCUCCCCAAGCGACACGUCCGCGCACUCGUCGACCUCACCGCCGAUGAGCGGCUGCAAUUCGCAGAGGCCAUCCAGGAAGUUGCUCGACGAUACGACAAUUUGUUUGAGUGCCACUUCCCGUACAGCUCAGGCAUCCACCAGGCGCCCCUGGACGGAACGCCAGAAGAAAUCGAGAAUUCCUAUCUUCACAUGCACUUUUACCCCCCACUGCUGCGGUCUGCAACGGUCAAGAAGUUUUUGGUUGGUUUCGAGCUUAUGGCGGAGCCGCAGCGAGAUAUCACUCCUGAGCAGGCAGCUGCUCGCCUUCGAGCUUUGAAUGGACCGCUGUAUCGAAACCAGCUGAGUUGA